UUUUGCUCAAGAAGCAAGCACCACGUAGCAAACAAAAUAACAAAUGGCACUCUUCUCUCUUCCAUUCCGAAAAUACUGACACGUAUUAAUCCACAUCAUUUCAGAUGAACAUCAUAUAUUAGUGCACUUUCAGUUUUUCAACUUCCCUGUUGUUUUCACCCAAAUCUGAAAAAUUAGAAACAGAGAUUUUACAAACAGUACAAUGCAGGCAACAAUGGAGGUACAAGCGGGAAGCCCCUGUAGAUCUCAGAAGCAUCAGAUGCAUAAAGACAAGCAAGUGAAGGAUCUAAUUGUUGAUAAAAGGAGGCUUGUGGAGGUUCCGUAUACAGCAACGCUGGGAGACACUAUGAAAACUCUGAUGGCUAACAAGGUGGUGGCCGUUCCGGUGGCUGCGCCGCCUGGACACUGGAUCGGUGCUGGUGGUUCUAUGAUUUUGGAAUCUGAUAAACAGACUGGUGCUGUACGGAAACAUUAUAUAGGGAUGGUAACCAUGCUUGAUAUUAUGGCACAUAUUGCUGGAAAUGGUAGUGCUGAUGCUGAUCUAACAAAAAAGAUGAUCGUCCCUGUUUCAUCGAUUAUAGGGCAUUGUCUUGAAAGUCUUAGUUUGUGGACCCUCAGCCCUAACACAAGUAUUGUGGAUUGCAUGGAAGUGUUCAGCAAAGGCAUACACCGAGCCAUGGUUCCAGUUGGUGGACGAUCAGAAAAUGUAGCCGGUGUUGAGCUGACGGAAUCUGCAUCGUGUUACCGAAUGUUAACACAAAUGGAUCUGCUAAGGUUUUUGAAUGACCUGCAGGAGCUUAAAUCUAUCAUGUCGCUUAAGGUCUCGGACAAACAAUUGCAAGCAAUCACAGACACUGUUUUCGGGGUGACUAAUAAGGCUAAAGUAAUCGAUGUCAUCAAAUGCAUGAGAACAGCUUCGCUUAAUGCAGUACCAAUUGUGGAGUCGUCUGAUGACAUCACAGAAGAUCAUACUCAGCUUGUGAAUGGGAAAAGGAGGAAGAUAGUAGGAACUUUUUCAGCAACAGACUUGAGAGGAUGUCCUGUAUCGAAAAUGCAGCAUCUACUGAAUCUACAGGUCCUUGAUUUCUUGAAAAUGCUGUCAGGAGCUCCUAAUACUGGGCUGAGAUCUUCAUGGAGGGAACAGGUUACUUGCCACCCAGAAUCGUCACUCGGGGAAGUGAUGGAGAAGGUAGUUUCGGACAAUGUGCAUCGUGUUUGGGUGGUGGAUGAACAAGGCUUGCUGGAGGGAGUUGUAUCCCUUACUGAUAUGAUAAGAGUCAUCAGGCUCUGGUAUCUUACAGAGUUUUUGCAGUAAUGUGUAGUUGUAUACACUGUUUUACACCCGUUUUUUUUCUGGUUGGUGGUUGAUGUUUUGGUGUAAAUAAAAUGCAGAUCUGUUUCAUCAACAAAUGAUUUCGCUCAAAAAAUUGUCAUGUGUCUUACACAAGUGAAGAGACCCUAAGGGAGGUCGUUUUGUUUCUCAACUGAUACAAAAAGCAUAUUCUUUAGUCCCAAAUCUCCACAAUCGUUUACCUAGCUAGUAAUGCUUAAUUGAAAAUCUUUAGAUGUUUGAUUCGAUGACCA